UCUACCAUGAAUUCUUAUCUUAUUGACUACUAUCGUCAACAGAGACUUUGCACCUCUGUUGUUGCACUCACCGCUCUCUGUGCUAGCUUUACUACAGUCCUUAUGGCUCAACCUGAAGUAACAUCAAUGCCGGACAAUGCGGCAAAGGCGCACUGGCAAGAGACAGAAGUGGACGUUCUACUCCAACAUCUGAUUGAGAAUCGGGCAGCGGGUGGUGAUGGCGGGAACUUCACAAAUACUACCUUCAACAGCGCAGCAACUGCUAUCAAUGACAAUCACGCGAUUCAAACAAUAGGCCCUCCGAAGACGGCCAGGAUGGUUAGGACAAAGUGGACAUCGCUCAAAAAAAUCUUCAAUCAAAUCGAGAAUUAUCGCAAUGUGUCUGGUUUCCAUUGGGAUAAUGUGCGGGGGGCUGGAAUCAAGGGUCGUGCUGCUGGUGAUGUUUGGGAUACGUAUGUUAACCCCAAUUCACGAGCUGUGAUGCGCCCCUUUCGCAACAAAGGGUGGGCUCGAUACGACAACAUGCAGCUGAUCAUAGGUGAUAAUAGCGGUGCUCGUGGAAGGCACGCGUUGCACCCAGCUACUGCGCCCCCUCCGUCUGUCAAUACUGCAGAUGACGUGCCUGAUGUUUUUGACGGAGGCCUCGGCCUUCUUGAUAUGGAUGUAGACACUGCUGGAGCCGCUGCCCCCAGCAAUGUGCCAGACAUGAGCCCUGAUUUAAUGAUGCCACUUAGCGCCCAGCUUCAUGGAACCUCCGCUACUUCUCAGGCUGCCGGCUUGCAGUCCAGUAAGUGCAUGCGCACCGACACUUUUGUCGACUCUUCAUCUCAACGCACUGGUGCCCCUCCCGUGUCCAACAAUCCUGUUCCUCUUUCAUCAACGUUGAUAUCAUUACCGGCUCCCAAGAAGGCACGAGUUUCAGCACAUGGUGGCAUGCAGUCAGGGAUAAAUAGUGCCGCAAAGAUUGCUGCCAAGAUUACUCCAGCAGUUGCCGUCAUGAACAUGCAAGGUAGCAUCAACCGUCUCACAGAUGUUAUCGAGAAGACCAUAGCCACUCCGCCUCCGCUUCCACCACCAGUCCCUCAGGUUGUUGUACCAACUGUACCAAAUAUCAUCUCUCGCGGCCUAGAGAUUAUGCGCAGCAAAGAUGGAGAUUUUUUGUCAGUUGGUCAGAGAGCCAGUCUCCUGCGCAUAUUUUCCCUUGCAGGAGGGGAUAACAAGCUUGCUAUCUAUGUUGGGCUUGAGGAUGACUACGAGACACGCCGUGCAUUUAUCUUAGAGCUCUUGGACUCUCCACCGCUGCAGUAG